AUGGCAGACUUUUUGGUUGAAGUCACUGGAGCCCCUCACGAAACCCCAAGCACACGGUGGAAACUCCACGUUGAUGGAGCUUCCAACCAGACAUUUGGGAGGGCAGGAAUAAUCAUCGAAAGCCUGACAGGGAUAGUAUACGAGCAGUCCGUCAAGUUUGAGUUUCUGGUCUCCAACAAUCAGGCAGAGUACGAGGCCCUAAUUGGCGGCCUGCUGUUGUCAAAAGAAGUCAGAGUAAUAAGAGUAGAGGUAAACAGUGAUUCUCAAGUCGUCACCUCUCAAAUCAAUGGAACUUAUCAAGCCAAAGACCCUCUGCUACAAAAAUACCUGGAAAAGGUUAGGGGUCUAAGCGAGGACUUCAAGGAGGUUGUGGUGCAGCAUGUCCCAAAGGAAAGGAACACACGAGCCGACCUCCUAUCCAAACUGGCUAGUACAAAGCCAGGAACGGGAAAUCGCUCUUUGAUCCAAGGAUUAGUAAACAAAACGACAGUCGCCCUGUGCGUAGCCCAAGCAGAUGUCGUCCCCUCAUGGAUGGACCCAAUCACUGAUUUUUUAGAAAAUGGUAAGCUCCCUGAUGACCACAAGGUGGCAAAGGCAUUAAGAAGAAAGGAGGCCAAAUACGUAAUAAUACAAGGCCAACUAUUCAAGAGAGGGCUGAACCAACCCCUGUUGAAGUGCCUACGACCCGACCAGACAGACUACGUUCUAAGGGAAGUCCAUGAGGGGUGUUGCGGCCACCAUAUCUGGGGAAAGGCUUUGGCUCGGAAGCUCGUGAGUGGCGGCUACUUUUGGCCCUCGAUGAUGACGGAUUCCCAAGAAUUCGUAAAGAGGUGCAAGAAGUGUCAAGAAAAUGCGAACUUUCACAAGACCCCGGCAUCUGAGCUAAGUUUGCUCAUGGCCUCCCGGCCUUUCAACCAAUGGGGGAUUGACCAGUUGGGACCUUUCCCGGUUUGGAAUCCCAGAGACCAUGAUAUAGGACAACAGGACGCAAUUUAUGGACAAGAAAUUCAGGGAGUUCCCAUUAGGUCUGGGCAUAAAAUAGAGGCUCUCGUCAGUGGAGCACCACAGACCAAUGGUCAAGUGGAAGCAGCGAACAAGGUCAUCCUCCGCGGUCUCAAAAGGCGACUUAACCAGAAGAAGGGAGCGUGGGCAGACAAACUAGCGUCAGUCCUAUGGUCGUAUAGAACAAUACCUCAAUCCUCCAUCGGGGAAACCCCUUUCCGACUUACCUAUGGAGUUGACGCAAUUAUCCCUGUGGAAGUCAGGGAGCCAAGCCCACGCCUACUCCUGGGGGGAGUUGAGGAGGCUGUAGAGAAGGACCUGGUCGACGAAACCAGGAAAAUGGCACACUUGUCAGAAGUGGCGCUGAAGCAGAGAAUAGCAUUUCGUUACAAUGCCAGGGUACUAAGGAGGAGUUUUGAGCCAAACAACCUGGUCCUACGAUGUAAUGACGUAGGCCUCCCUACCCCUGGGGAAGGAAAGCUGGUGGCCAAUUGGGAAGGCCCAUACAGAGUGAAGAAAGUGGUCGGCAACGGAGCUUACAAGCUGGAGCGACUAGACGGGAAAGAAGUAUCCCGAACAUGGAACGUGACAAACUUGACUAGGUUCUACUCCUAG